CCGGCUCCUACUUGCCAUAGAGCGCGGGGCAUCCUCGGAGCCACCUCCUGGCCCUGGUGGCUCCCACGUUCCCCACCCCCAGGCUGCGGGAAGCAAAGGGUUAAAUCCCAUAGAGCUGAUGCUCUGACUCCAGGCUAGAGGGGCCCGGGAAGCUGGGGUCACUUCCUGCUCCGUCCCAGUCACCCUGAACUGGUCCCCGGGUCCUCAGCCUGCAAUCACCCCUUGAGAAGGACCCUGGAGUCCUCGGCCCCUGGCCCGCCCCCCGAGGCAGGGCACUCAAGGGGUUAAGUCCCCUGGGGCUGGAUUCCGCUUCCCGGCAUUCCCAGACCCCAGAGCCGGUCCCUGGAACCUUUGCAGUCCCAAGCUCUGGGAUGGAGCCUGAGACAGUGCUGUGGGGACCAGAUCUGCAGGGUCCUGAAGAGAGCCUGAAUGAUGCUCACAGAGGUGCCGAGAGUGGGAAUGAAGAGGAGAGCCCCCAGCAGGAAAGUUCUGGGGAGGAGAUCAUCUUGGGAGAUCCAGCUCAGAGUCCAGAAUCCAAGGACCUACCAGAGAUGCCCCUGGAGAGCCCUUCCCAGGAUGUCUCAGCUCCCCAGGAUCCCCUAGCCCCACUGGGUCCCUCCAGCCCCUUGGACCAUCAGACCCCUCUGGACCCUCCAGCCCCUGAGGUAGUCCGUGCCCCAUCUGAGUGGACCAAAGCCUGUGAGCCCAAUUGGCAGUGGGGGACUCUCACCACCUGGAACAGUCCCCCAGUGGUUACUGCCAGUGAGCCCAGCCUGCGGGAGCUGGUUCAGGGUCGCCCCUCUGGGGCUGAGAAGCCGUACAUCUGCAACGAGUGCGGCAAGAGCUUCAGCCAGUGGUCCAAGCUGCUGCGGCACCAGCGCAUCCACACAGGCGAGCGGCCUAACACAUGCUCGGAGUGCGGCAAGAGCUUCACGCAGAGUUCUCACCUGGUGCAGCACCAGCGCACACACACGGGCGAGAAGCCCUACAAGUGUCCCGACUGCGGCAAGUGCUUUAGCUGGAGCUCCAACCUCGUGCAGCACCAGCGCACGCACACGGGCGAGAAGCCGUACAAGUGCACAGAGUGCGAGAAGGCCUUCACGCAGAGCACCAACCUCAUCAAGCACCAGCGGUCGCACACGGGUGAGAAGCCCUACAAGUGCGGGGAGUGCCGGCGGGCUUUCUACCGCAGCUCGGACCUCAUUCAGCACCAAGCCACGCACACAGGCGAGAAGCCCUAUAAGUGCCCCGAGUGCGGCAAGCGCUUCGGCCAGAACCACAACCUGCUCAAGCACCAGAAGAUCCACGCCGGCGAGAAGCCGUACCGCUGCACCGAGUGUGGCAAGAGCUUCAUCCAGAGCUCGGAGCUGACGCAGCACCAGCGCACGCACACUGGUGAGAAGCCCUACGAGUGCCUGGAGUGUGGGAAGAGUUUUGGUCACAGCUCCACGCUCAUCAAGCACCAGCGGACCCACCUGCGCGAAGAUCCCUUCAAGUGCCCCGUGUGUGGCAAGACCUUCACACUGAGUGCCACCCUGCUGCGCCACCAGCGCACGCACACGGGCGAGCGGCCCUACAAGUGCCCCGAGUGCGGCAAGAGCUUUAGUGUCAGCUCGAAUCUCAUCAACCACCAGCGCAUCCACCGUGGAGAGCGGCCCUACAUCUGCGCAGACUGCGGCAAGAGCUUCAUCAUGAGCUCCACUCUCAUUCGCCACCAGCGCAUCCACACGGGCGAGAAGCCCUACAAGUGCUCCGACUGCGGCAAGAGCUUCAUCCGCAGCUCCCACCUCAUCCAGCACCGCCGCACGCACACGGGUGAGAAGCCCUACAAGUGUCCGGAGUGCGGCAAGAGCUUCAGCCAGAGCUCUAACCUCAUCACGCAUGUCCGCACGCACAUGGACGAGAACCUCUUCGUGUGCUCCGACUGUGGCAAGGCCUUCCUGGAGGCUCACGAGUUAGAGCAGCACCGGGUGAUCCAUGAGAGGGGCAAGACCCCAGCCCGGAGAGCUCAGAAUGACAGCCUGUUGGGGCUUGGGGAUCCUGCCCUGCUGACUCCACCUCCGGGAGCCAAACCCCACAAGUGUCUGGUCUGUGGAAAGGGCUUCAACGAUGAGGGGAUCUUCAUGCAGCACCAGCGGAUCCAUAUUGGAGAAAAUCCCUACAAAAACGCAGACAGUCUCAUAGCACACUCAGCCCCCAAACCGCCCCAGUUCCGCUCCCCGAGGCUCCCUUUUGGAGGGAAUUCCUGUGGAGGUGCUGCAGAAGUUAGAGCUGACUCCCCAGGACAGCCCUUGAAAGUGCCCGAGGGUCAGGAGGGUUUCAGCCAAAGACUGGGACUGCUCUCCAAGUCCUACAUUUGUUCCCACUGUGGGGAAAGCUUCCUGGAUCGGGCUGUGCUCCUCCAACAUCAGCUCACCCAUGGCAAUGAAAAGCCCUUUCUUUUUCCUGAAUACAGGACUGGCCUUGGGGAAGGGGCAGGACCUAGCCCCUUCCUAACUGGAAAGCCCUUUAAAUGCCCUGAAUGCAAAAAAAGCUUUGGCCUCAGCUCUGAGCUGCUGCAGCACCAGAAAGUCCACAGGAGUGGGAAGUCCCAGAAGUCCCAGAAGGGAUUUGGUCCAGAGAUGGGGAAAAGCUCCUCUGUCCUUCUGGAGCAUCUCAGGAGCCCACUGGGGGCUAGACCUUACAGCUGCUCCGACUGUGGGGCCUCCUUCCUCGACAGACAGGCCCUUAUUCAGCACCAGGAAACCCAUACCCCAGAAAAGCCCCCCACACCUGAGGACCCCCUGCCAAAGCCAGCUACCCAGUCCACAAACCAGGAAGGUGAGAGAGAGGCCUCCACCCCAACAAAGAGCAGCAGCCAUAGGGAAGGGGAAAAAUCCAAAACCCUCCUAGAGGAAAAACCCUAUUUGUGUCCUGAGUGUGGAGACAGCUUCACAGAAGUUGCAGCUCUCCUCCUCCAUCGGAGCUGCCACCCAAGUGUGUCCCUGUGAAAUAGGUCUGGAGACUAGGGCCUUACUCUCCUGAGAGGAACACUAGAUAACCCCCCAAACACACACACACACACACACACACAAAAAAAAAAAAAAAAAAAGCCACAAAAAAAUGUGGGGAAAGGAAGACAAACCUAUCAGAAUGUAGAGAAGUAGAGGGUGAAGAAUCCUGGGAAAAAUAGUGCUUUUACAUCAGUAAUGAGAAGCCCUAUAAAAUUAUUGGUGGAAACCACUUAUAAGGCAGUAGAGAAAAACUGUUUGGGUUAGAAACCCUAUAAAUAUGUAGGAAAAUAAAAAGUCCUUUAAGUCUGUAGCAGAAAAAAAAAAAAUCUAUAACCCAUAGUGGAUAAAAGCCCUAUUGUAGGAAGAAGUUCAAAUACGUCUCUAGACAGCUCCUUAAAACUGUUAUCCAAAUUCUUAUCAAAAUCCUGUAGGCCCGGGGAGGAGCAAGGAAUACAGCAUGGCGCUGACCUGGGAGAGUGGCCCUCAGAUGGUGCAGGAAACACCUCCCACACUCUUUCUAAUGUCCCAUGGACAGUUACAGUGAAGAAAAUGCUUAGCUGAGAAAUAGUGUAGGAAGGGGGUAUAACUGGAAAAGGAAGAAAAAUAGGGAAAAAAUAAGUGAUGAAGUGCUUUCAAACCCACAGAGGUGAUAAGACUAGGAAAAAAUCCAGUUCAUUGCACUGGGACAUUCUUUGGGGUGCAAAGCCAAUCUUGGGGAAAUUGUGUGUGCUAGGGGAAGGGGGGACCAUGGAACCCCCUAUCAGUAAGAGUCCAAAAGUGAGAAGAAAAAAUACAUGUCAAGCCAUUUUAAAGACUGGAGUUUGGGGUGCACAAAAAAUCUUGAGUGUAUGAGUGUAUGAAUAUUGAGAAACCACCUAGCGAAUGAGGGAGAAUGUCCAUUAGAUUGUUUGGAGGGAAGUAGACCAAGGUGGAGAAACUGCAGGUGGAACCCAGCAAACUCCUGGCCAGUUUCUUCCCUUCCUGGAGCUUGUUAAACUUUAAGUACAAGCAUGUCCCAGCUCAGGCCACAAGGGCUCUCCUGAACCAGGCAGGAGCACUCUUUCUCCAGCUGAGCUGGAGACACCUAAUCUGAGAGGCUUCUGGGAUUGCAGGGGCCCUCUGCCACAUUCUCAGGUCUCACAGGUUUUUUCCUGAAAUCCAACUGCCACAAGUCUUGCUGCAGUUGUAGCCCAUUUCCUCGAAUUCUGUCCUCAGUGGAAUGAACCAAUUGCUGCUAGUCAACCUCCAAAGAAUAAAUUCCUUCAGAGAUUCAAGGUUUGCAUGUGAUUGUCUUCCCUAGACAGUCCACCAGAGCCACUUCUGGGUUCUCAGUGGUGACAGAGGUUGGCAAGACAACAGUAUAGACAGUGUUGAUGAACCAGCAACCUGACUUGAAACCUCAGCCUUUCAUGUGAGCAGGUGCUAGGCUGCCUGCAAGAUGAGCCAGUCCGCACAGUAGCGGGUGCCCUGAUACCACACAAGACUGGACUAGAGUCCCUGAAGAGGCGAUGGAAAGAAAUUUCACCACCUUUUCACUCUGGCACCUGGAAGCCUUGAGAUGGGGUGACGUAACCCAGUGUUGACCUGGGGAAGGGAAAUAUUCUACCACUUGAAUCCUUUCCUUAGCCAGAAACCUUUGGAGGGAAAUGGAAGAACGAGAAAUGCUCCUCUGCCAGACUUGCUCAUGUUACUGGGGCUGUGUGACGGGGAGAGAUGGUUGCCCUAUAAAAUGGUUGAGAGAAAUACCUGCAACAAAGAUGCCCCCAACCCUGGAGACCCUUAAUCAGGGAGGACUCUGCUCAGUGCUGGGUUGAAAAGAAAGUAUCCUCCAACCCAGUGUUGGCACCAGUGAUACACUGUUCUGGAGUUAGCAGGACUGAAGAGGCCAGGUGAGGUGGCCCUUUAGGAGUUGUGUACUCAAAAAGGAGUGGCUUGGAUUCCUACAACACUGUGGAAGAGACCUCUAAUUCCAUUACUUAAAAAUUCAAAAGGUGGGAACCCAUCACCCUUCAUCCAUCCUGCCCCCAAAGGGAUGACUCAAAUUUAAAGGGAUCAAAGUCCAGAACACUGUGGGAGAAAAAUGUCAGGCCUGCUGGGGAGAGGAACAAGGUAGACUUUAUGUGAUUGUGGGGAGAGUCUUGUUGACAUCUGUCUAAAGCCCAAAGUGCUAGGUUGGAGAGCACCAUGGAGGAGGGGAGGAACCUGCCUGCAAAUUUUGACAGAUGUUGACAAAGAGGGUCCUUAUAAAAUGGAAAGGAGGUGAAUCCUUUAAAUAUAGGCUGAUUUGUCCCUUUUGUAGUAAAAACUAAAUUUAGCAAUCCCUUAUGAAGCUAGAAGCAGAGUCCCUCAGAUAUACAUCUGAGAGUCUGUCCCUAGAAGAGUGCUGGGGAGCAGCUUCUGGGGAUUAGAGGCCAGUCUAAGGGGAGUUGGUCAGUGUAGUCAUGGCUAACUAUAUUGAGGACUAGGAUAUAGCAUACAUAGUAGGAUGCUCGCAUGUUUUAGGGACAGGUCUUGACUCCGGUACUGAAUGAACCAUGUGGACAUUGGUGGAGUCUGGGGCUUCCUUGUAGGAGAGGGGCAGAGAUCUCUGAGUGUGGCCUGUUUUCUUGGCCACUUCCCUACACCCUGGAGGAACUCUAGCAGGGUCAGGUCCCUCUGGCCAGCUCAGGAAAAGGCCCACCUGAACUGCAUUUAGAAGGCCUGAUUGUAACCAAGCUCCAAGCCAGCCGGCCCCAGAACUUUCAGGAAGUGCCCGGGGGAAGGAUCCCUACAGCCAUAGGCAAGGAGUCAGCAACUGAUCUGUGCUUAAGAUGAAACUUGAAACUCAUGAGGAUGUGGAGGUAUGGUGGUAACACUAAAGAACUGGGCAUGAAUUCUGGAUGGGGAAAGGAAAUCACAACUAAGGGGUGGGGUUCUGUGACUCCUACCAGUGAGGUGACCAAAUCUCAGUCUCCUUUACUCCUAGAGAGGAAGCCCCAUUGCCUGACAUCCCUGUGGAGUAAAGGGAAGCCCCACUUUUGAGUGUUGUGUGUCAGUAACAGUGUUAUGUCACCGGUGGUCAUGUUGAUUAGUUGAAGAGAAUAAAGGGAAUAAGACUU